ACCAUGGACAGUGUGACGGGUGCGGUGUACAUAGUGCUGGAGCUGCUGAUCGCCGUGAUGUGUUGCCUGGGCAACCUGCUGGCCAUCUGGGCAGUGCAGGCCAGUGGCUCCCUGCGUAAGCCCACCUUCUGCUUCAUGGCAUCACUGGCGGUGGCGGACUUCCUGGUGGGCGCCGUGGCGAUCCCCGUGGCCGUUCUGGUGGACGGCCGGGUCAGGACCUCCUUCGACAGCUGCCUGUUCCUCAGCUGCGUGACCCUCCUGCUGGUGCAGGCCUCCAUCCUCAUGCUGCUGGUCAUCGCGGUGGAUCGCCACCUGCGUGUGCAGAUGCCCCUCAGAUACAAGCACAGCUUCACGCAGAGGCGCUGCUGGGCCGUGGUCGGAGCGUGCUGGCUGCUCGCCUUCGCGUUCAGUUUCACGCCCAUGUUCGGCUGGUACAACCGCCAGACCCUGGCCGAGCUGGGGAACUCCACCACCAUCGUCUGCACGUUCCUGUCCGUCAUGCCCAUGACUUACAUGGUCUACUUCCAGUUCUUCGGGUGCACGCUGCUCCCCCUGCUGGUGAUGUGUGCCCUCUACGCACAUCUCUUCCGCUCCAUCUCCAAGCGGCUGCAGAGGAGCCAGGCCCCGGGUGCCGAAUCACACGCGUACUACGCCAAAGAGCGGAAGCUGGCCAAGUCCCUGCUGCUGGUCCUGGUCCUCUUCGCCAUCGGCUGGUUGCCACUGAACAUCAUGAACUGCGUGACGAUCUUCGGCGGCGACGUCCCUCUGGUCGCUAUCUACAUCGGGAUCCUCCUCACGCACGUCAACUCUGCCGUCAAUCCGGUCGUGUACGCCUUCAAGGUGCCGAAGAUCCGCAGCGCGUACCUGCGGGCCUGGAGGAAGUGUGCCCUCUGCUGGCAACAGGGGGUAUCGCAGAGCACCGAGAGCAAGGACAUCAGCACCAGAACCAAAUCCAUAGAAGACCUGACCAAGGAACGAGAUUAUUCUGAAAGUAAUCGACACACAGUCUAA